UAAAAGCUUCAAAAAAAAAAAAACACAAGUUUCUUAGAUACAGAAACAUAUGAGAAACAUGUUCAUUUUCUUGAAAUCCUUAUCAAGAUCAGUACAUGGUGAUGAAGAACCACAAGAACAGCCCGAGUUAUCCAAAACCGACGGCGGCAGCAAUGACGAUGAUCUUUGCACAUCGCUAACGGUGUGGAGAAAAUCAUUGUUGAUUAGCUGUAACGGAUUCACUGUGAUUGAUUCUAAUGGAAAUCUAGUUUAUCGAGUUGAUAACUACAUGGGAGGACGCACCAAGGAACUCGUUCUUAUGGACGGUAAAGGGAAUUCCAUUCUCACAAUGAGACGUUGUAAGAAUCUAAGAUUAGUCGAUACAUGGGUUAUCUAUGGAGGGGAAGUAGGUGAUCAUUGUACAUCAGAGAAGCCAAUUUUCUAUGUGAAGAAGUGCAUUAACAUUUUGCACACCAACAAAUCUAAUGUGUUAGCAUAUGUAUACCGUCCGCCGUCGGAUAAACGGUAUGCGUAUACGAUCGAAGGAUCGUAUUCGCAUAGAUCGUGCAAAGUGGUUAAUGAGAAAAAAAGAGUGGUGGCGGAGAUCAAGAGAAAAGAUGCAACAAGUGGAGGUAUUUGUUUUGGAUUAGAUGUUUUUGUGUUGAUUAUAAAAGCAGGAUUUGAUCCUGGAUUUGCAAUGGCUCUGGUUCUUUUGUUGGAUCAAAUGUUCUCUUAAAAUUUAAUUGAAAGCUGCCAUUUUUUUUCCCUAAGGAUUGCAGCAUCAAUUACCUUGUAAAUAUACAUAAAUUAGGGAGUUGAUAGAAAGAAAUAACAUUUUGAUUAAAAACCGUUUACCAUUCUA